AUGGGCCGUCCAAAACCAUCCUCUGUUGAGAAACUCACGAGAGAUCUCCACUCUAUCUUGCACCAGCAGGCCUCCUAUAUUUCAGGGUCGCCGGAAGAUGAACUGCUUUAUGAGACAGAGACCCCAUGGGGGUCGGUCGAGAUAGGCAAUGGGGGCGUCCUCAUCAGGCAUCCAAAUGCGGCAAUCCUGGAGGACGAAUCAGAAGCAAGUUCUCUUCCGAUAGACAACAAAUUAGCCACAGCCAGUGAGGCUUAUUCUGGGGCUUCAUCCCUUCCUGUAAAUAGUGUAGGCAAGGAGGAUCCCGUUGAUGAAAAGGUUAAGAGAACUCCACCAGCAGAGGAGCAUGCAAGAAGGUACUUCCCUGCCCGCAUUCUAUUCCUUGCCUUCCAUUUAGCCCAAGCCUCAACCACAUGUUGAGGCUUUCUAUGAGGAGCAGCUACUGGCAAAUUCAGCAUAUUUCCUUCACUUGGGCUUAUCAUUUUUUAUCCGUAAGAUAGGUAAACAUUCUUUAAAAUUUGAUUUCCAUGGACUAAGCAUUAUUUUAUCUAUCUUGCAGGGAUAAGGUGCCCCUUGAAAAGUUCUCUAUGCUGAGAUGUAAAGACUCACCUCUGACGUAUGUAGAUUUAACGGUAUGGGUUUGGUGAUGUGUCCUGAUCUGGUUGAUUCUCAUGCCAAGUUAGAUGCCAUCAUACCUCUGCUGGGUCUUAUUGCAAUUGAAAUCGUUUGGCAGCUGAUGUAGUCUCAAUUCUUGUUUCUGAAUAGGAAAUCGUUAAUUUGGAGGUCUUUAUGAGGCAUCUGACGUCUGAAGAACAACAGCAGUUGAUGAAAUAUCUGCCUUCAAUUGAUGCGGCUAGACCUCCUGAAAGGUGGGUUGUCCGGAUUUCCUUCGCGUUGAGGACUCCCUGGGAGAGAACGUUACCGGGUUUUGUUGCUUGGAUCUCUAUCACAGUCCUGCUUGCUAUUUACAUGCUCGUUCUCAUCUAAGGCCAUCUGAUCUGCAGCCUCAAGAGCAUGUUCCAGAGCCCCCAAUUUACAGAGAAUAUGUCCUACUAUAGGCAACUGCUGGCGGAUGGGACUUUUGAUAUGAACGGUUCCGGGGUUACUGCAGAUGAAUCCAGGGCUUUAAAAAAGCUUGUCUUAACGAGCUCAUUGAAAUCUAAAUGGGUAGAAUACCAUACAAAGAUUAAGGUAUGAUUGGGUAUUAUAUCGUCAAUUCAUCCAAAAUCACCUCUUCCUCAUCCAGCUUAAAUCUUUGUUGGGUCAGUUGAUUUUCUUUGCAGUGGACUGAUUGAUGACUUGGUCUUAUAAUUCUGAUUGAGUUCUUCUGCUCCCUUUAGAGUUCGAGGAACAAUGAAGCUAAAAGAAGAAAGGGAGUAAGAACUGGGCCAGGGCUGUUGGGUUCAUCCAGUUCGGUUCCUCUCAGGAGGCCUAAUGAUCGACUGAGCCAGAACCCUCCAGGUCAGUGCCAUAUAAACCUGUUACAUGCGUAUCUUCUUAUACUGUUGGUCUCAUUGUUUUGUGAGGGUCGCCCAGGUGGAGCAAGCAGUGUGGCUUGUGGUCAUGCUGCCCGGAUGUGGGUUGCCCGAAGGCUUAGUGGGAAAUUCCACCAGCUGGGUGCAUUCUCUGUUGCAGAAUGCGCGACAGAGGGACUGCCAUGCCCUUUCCGAUGCACGUUUGCAUCAUCCAUCCAAGGGAUGGAAUUUUUUAUUAUAAUAAAAAAAGGAAAGAAUUUGUCAUAUUUCUCAGUGAAGUUUUUUUUAUAUUACUAAUAUUUUACAAGAUUGUUUUUAUUAUUUUAAUAACAGUUUUAUUUGGUUAAUGAAUAACUAAAAAUGUCUCUAAGCUGGAAAAACAAGCGAAUAUUUAAUUUUAUGAUUUUACUUGUUUAUGUGUGUAUAUUUGGCUUAUCUAUCAAACAUUUUAAGUAUUUAUAUAUUUUUAAAUUUAUUUUAAUUUUUUUUUGUCAAAGGACAUUGGCUAGUCAAAGAAGGUUGGCUAUCUCUUGAAUCAUCUUGGUCUCCUUAGAACCCUAAGUUGCCUAUUUAAUAUUAGCUUUAGCUUUCUUCCCUUCAAUCCUAACCUCCCUAUUUUCUCCAAAUGACUUAUGUGGAGUUUCACGUCGAGAUGUUGAGCACACAUGCCCAAAUUUCCUCAUGACUACUUUGGAUGCUCGAGCCUCUAAUGGAAAGUGAUAGAAUUUUUCUCUACAGAGAGCAUUUUUGUCUUGGUGAUGAAAAAAACCUGAUCAAAGGCACCCUCUACUAUUAAUUUUGCUCCCAGUUCUAACACCCUGUUAUUAAAUCUCCUUAUUUAUUCAGUGUCUUCAGAAAUCUUCUUGCAACAUUAUUUACAGCUUUUGAGAACAUUAGAGCAUGUUUUCUCAAUGGCAGCAUCUUGAACUUCUGUUUGUCGGGAAGACCAAGAUAACUGUCAUUCUAUCUCUCUGACUAGAUCCUUGGAGAGGUUCAUCAUCUUGUGGAACUUGCUGCUGCGUGCUGAGUUGGUCUUGGGCUGCUGUUAUUUAAAACUCUUUUUGAUGGAGUGGGAGUCUCGGUCAAUAUUCAGAAUAGAAAAGGGGCCUCCAGUGGAUUUCCUUGUCGCUCAUCUAACAGGGGAGGAGGAAGGUGAAGACAUGGAAGGGGUGGCCUGUCCGCUAGCAAUGCUUACAAGAGCUUGAGGAGGGGGAUUGGCUUAGAGCAAUAGAUUAGUGAGAGAGGAAAGAUGGGAGGUAGUAGAAAGACUUGCCGACUCUGCUGAGUGUAUGGCCUGAAGCUGUGUGCUUAGGGAAUGACCAGAUGAAGACCUGGGUGACGUGUGGUUCCCCGUCCUUUUAAAGUAUACUGAUGCUGAUUUGCAUGAUGAAUUGGCACAUAUUCAUUGCCUCAUUCACAUAUGCCCAAGUUCACUUUGAGUUAAGCCCUUCAUUUAUUUAUUUGUCUUUCAGUGACAAGUGCUCUGUAUAACCGUAAUCUCCUCCCUGAAGCACAAUUUUCUGCCUAAUCUUGUGAAUAUCUUGCCACCCAUUCUUCCUUAAAUGGCCAAUUGGAUUACUUUGAUCAGUAUGGAGGUUUAAACUAUUUUAACCAUCAUUGUCCCAGAGAGAUUUAUGAUCGGCGAUUCCCUCCAUUGUCUUGCACGAGAGUAGGUUCCCUUGACAUCAUUCUAUUGUUUUGUUUAGUCGCAUGAAUUGUGCUCAGUAUUCCUUAUAUUUUCACCUAUUUAUCAAACCACCUUGGCACGAGGGUUCUUGUAGAGCGUAGUAAAUUCCUGCUGGCUUAGGCGAUAAAAGUAUAUCGGUUAUGCUUUUGGAUUGAGAUCGGAAGCUUUUAAGAGAUGAAGAGGCAGUAACGCUUGCAAGAUUGCCUCUUUACUCAGUAGGUUACUUCACUCUCAUCUAUCUUUUAUUUCCUUGAACUCAAGUCCAUUCACUCUUGAAUGGGUGAGCCACCAUGUUGAGCUAUGAGCGACCGGGGAAGAGCCCAUUUUUUAUUUUUUUUCUGGUGACUUAUACACAUACAUAUAUGUGUACAGAUUCAUAAUAAAAUAUAAGAAAUCGUGAGAAAAUAUUGAUUAGUAGAGUCUUUGGAUGUCGAAAUGUGUUGUGUUUAACUCGUUUUUUCUGUUACAUUGAAAUUUCAGAGAAGAAGUCGUCCAUAAAGAGCCCCAAAAGAUCAAGUAAGCUGAGGGUCACGAAUCUUCGUUCUCUAAAAUCCCCGCAGCCCAACUCCAUGGAGAACACGCUCUCCAUCUUCAGUCCAAGGGGUAUGCUUGCUUCUCCUCUGCAGGUAAACCCAUUGUUGGAUUCUUUGCAGUUCGAUGGUGAGGAUUCAGACCAGGAUCUGUUGUUGGAGGUGCGCACCAAUGGGUCAUUUCCAGAGGCAGAGCUUCUGUCUGAGACGUGGAAGCAGAAUGCUGGCCUGAACAGCAUGUCGGCCGAGAGUGGGAUUGAGAGUAUCUCGUACAACCCAACCUCAAGCUCAAGCUCCCAGCCGCUUAAGCGCUGGGAUUAA